AUGCGCGCCCGCCGGAGCAAGAAAUAUCGCAAAAUCAUGUCCGCCUACCAGAUGAGCUUUUCCUUCCGUGAACCCUACCAAGUCCUCCUCGACUCGCAUUUCCUCAAGACAUGCCACUCGUUCCACAUGCCUCUACAGAAGUACCUGGAGAACACGCUACACGGGGAAUGUAGACUUUUCGUGACGAGGUGUACCCUUGCAAAAAUCAUGGGUGACUGGGAGAAAGUGAAAAACAAGGAGGGCAAGGGGAGGGGACCUCCACGCCCGGAAUUCCUCCCUCCCCCAACAGAAGUGCCCUUGCGGCACUGCAAGCACAAGGACGACGAAGGCCAAGAAUUAGGUGUCGUGAGCGAGGCACGGUGUCUCCUCGAUUUGCUGGCGGGCCAACCCCACGGUCACGAACACGCAAAAAAUAAACAACAUUACAUCCUCGCCACAGCGGAUGCAGAUGACAAAGAGUCGCGGGCCAAGGGAUUCGUUGAUGUGAAAGACAGGGCCAGAUUGAUCCCCGGAGUGCCGAUCGUGUAUGUGAAACGGAGUGUGAUGAUCUUGGAAGAGAUGAGCGGUGUCAGUGAGCGCUCUGUCCGGUCACAGGAGAAGGAAAAGUUCAGCCAGGGAUUGAUCGGUUUGUCAUCGCGAAAGAGGAAGAGGGGAGAAGGAGAAGACGAGAGUGACGAUGGAGAUGAUGAUUUGCUCCCAGAGAAGCAAGGGCCCAAGAUCAGAGGAAUGAAGAAAGCGAAAGGGCCGAACCCAUUGAGCGUCAAGAAAAGGAAGGUCAAAGUCCUAUCGUCGAAUGGAGCAGGCCGUGAUGGAGCGGCCGUGGAAGGGGAGGUGCCGCGGAAAAAGCCAACGAGAAGGGGUACAAGAGGGCAGCGACAGGCGGGAAACAAAACGACACCGGACAAUAAUGUUGAUGGAGAAGCCAGGCAGACAACCGCAUCUGCAACUGCAUCUGCUGGCACCGCAACGACGGAGGUACAGGCUCCAAUCCACGAGGCGUAA